UAUAUAUAAAUAGAAAGUUGUAGCCGAUGGUUGGAUUGGAGGGAGGCAGCCCAAAAUAGAAAAAAAGAAAUCUUCAAAGGAAAGUUAAAAAAAAUGGGAAGAUCUCCUUGCUGUGAUGAGACUGGUCUCAAGAAAGGCCCUUGGACACCCGAAGAAGAUCAAAAGCUUGUUAAGUAUAUUCAGAAACAUGGCCAUGGAAGCUGGCGAGCCCUCCCUAGACUCGCAGGGCUUAAUAGAUGUGGAAAGAGUUGCAGACUAAGAUGGACGAACUAUCUGAGGCCGGAUAUUAAAAGAGGGAAAUUUUCUCAAGAAGAAGAACAAACAAUUCUCAAUCUUCAUUCGGUCCUUGGAAACAAAUGGUCAGCCAUUGCAAGCCACCUACCGGGUCGGACCGAUAAUGAAAUAAAGAAUUUCUGGAAUACCCAUCUGAAGAAAAAGCUAAUCCAAAUGGGUUUUGAUCCAAUGACUCAUAGACCAAGAGCAGAUAUAUUCUCAAGCCUGCCUCAUCUUCUAGCUUUGGCUAAUUUCAAGGAGCUUAUGGAUCAUCCUUCUUGGGAAGAACAUGCGGCGAGACUCCAAGCUGAAGCUGUUCAAAUGGCUAGGCUUCAAUACUUGCAGUUUCUCUUUCAACCUCCUCCAGCUAAUGGAAACACACCAACCAGUACUUUUACUGAUAUGGAGACCAUCAAUCUUCUCAACUCCAUAUCUUCUAAUUCAAUCAAAGAUGGUUACUCGGUUCUCGGUUCGGUUCAUUUCGAAUCCCCAAAUGGGUCUUCUUCUCUUGGAGGAACUACUUCUGCAAACCUCCAAUCUAUCCAUGAUUCUGUUUCUUUCUCUCAUCUUCCUGAUUUGUUGCAAAUCCCUUGCACUACUAGUACUACUACUAAUAGCACUAUUAGUCCUCCUCAAACACCGGUUGUGAUGAACAAGAUUAACAAUAGCAAUAUGGUUCAAGGUCCUGAAUCAACACCAUUAAUGUUCAGCCAUGGUGGGUCAGAAAACUCUCCGAAUUCGCCAUGGUUUCCAUCCCCAUCUCCGACUUGUUUUACAUCGCCGCCGACGAGGAAUACCUCCAUCAGCAAUUUGGUUGAUGCUUGCAGUACUUCUAGCUAUGGAGAAGUGGCUCCUUCUGUCUGGCCUGACCUUCUCCUGGACGACUCUUUGUUUCAUGAGAUGGCCUAGUUUCAGAGUUUCUGUAGAAAAACCCCACCACUCCCUUUUUUUUUUUUUUUUUUUUUUUAAUGUGUAUCAUUAUGGUUGGCUAUAUAUACGUACAAUAUGUUUAGUACUUUAUACUAUAUAUUAUUAAUCCUUCCUUCCAAGGUGAGAGGUCUUAGUUUUAGUUUUAAUAUAUAUUUUGUUUUUUGUGCACUUCAUUUAGUCCUGUUAGCUAGCUAGCUGAGUUUGUUUGAGACAUAACAUGUACUUGUGUUCAUGAACAUGAUUCAUGAGCGAACUAGCCAGGAUAUGCCCCCCCCCCCACCAAAAAAAAAA